UCCUUGUGUUCAAUUCCCUUCUUCAUCUACAAAUAAGCUUGAAACCACGUCGAGAGACUUCGCCACUCAGUGCACAAUCUCCCCUCUUCACUUCCCCUCUGCUUUGCUUACCUUACCACCGCGAUCUAUAUUCUGAAGGUUUCGUUAUAAUCUCCCACCAAUAUUAAUUAAGGCUUCGAUCGUUUUUUUCUACUGUUAUAAGGCGGUUUACAAUGGAGAUUGCAGUGAAGGAGUCAACAAUAGUAUGUCCAGCUGAAGAAACUCCAAACCGAAGGCUAUGGGUCUCUAACUUCGACUUGGUGAUGAUAAUGUACCAUAUUUCUACUGUAUACUUCUACAAGCCAAAUGGUUCUACUAAUAUUUUUGACACAAAAGUGUUGAAGGAGUCUUUAAGUAAGAUUCUAGUGCCAUUUUACCCCAUAGCUGGAAGGUUGGGAUAUGAUGAAAAUGGGAGACUUGAAAUAAUCUGCAAUGCAAAGGGAGUGUUAUUCACAGAGGCUGAAAGUAGUUCUAUCAUGGAUGAUUUAGUUCAAGAUUUUACAGAUGGUUCAAAAGUUCCUCAACUAGUUCCAAAAAUAGACUAUUCUGGAGGAAUUUCUUCCUAUCCUCUUCUCGGGUUACAGGUAACUACUUUCAAAUGCGGAGGAAUUUCUCUUGGAGUUGCUGUUCAACAUACAUUGCUAGAUGGUUCAUCUGGACUUCAUUUCAUUAACAGUUGGGCCAACACGGUAGGAGGAUUGUCCCCUAGUAUUGCUCCAUUCUUGGAUCGAACCCUUCUUCGAGCCCGAAACCCACCUACUCCAAAAUUUCAUCAUGUUGAAUUUGAACCAUCGCCUUCUUUACAAACUAUGUUUUCAACUUCAGAAUCCCAACAAAGUCCCAAACCAUCAAUUGUAUCAGUCUUUAAGAUCACAACUGAUCAACUAAACACCCUCAAAGCCAAAGUAAAUGAAAGUUCAAAUAGUAAUGCAAAAUAUAGCACCUACAGUAUCUUAACUGCACACAUAUGGCGUUGCGCAACCAAAGCAAGAGACCUCUUAGAGGACCAACAACUCAAGUUAACCAUGCCAGUUGAUGGACGGAACAGAUUGCAUCCUCCCCUCCCACCUGGCUACUUUGGCAAUGUAAUCGUCAUGGCUGCACUCGUUGCCUUAUCUGGUGAUCUUCUAUCAGAAUCAUUCAUAGACACCGUGAAGAGAAUUCAUAAAAUAUUGAAAGAGAUGGAUAAUGAAUAUCUGAGAUCUGCUAUUGAUUACAUAGAAAGAGCGCCUGACAUAGAAGCUAUCAGGCGAGGGUCACAAACUUAGCGCUGCCCAAACCUUCUUAUCAACAGUUGGAUAUGGUUACCUAUCCAUGAUGCAGAUUUCGGAUGGGGUUGUCCUAUUUUUAUGAGGCCGGCGAAUAUUGUCCAUGAAGGAAAAGUAUACAUACUUCCAAGCCCAACCAAGGAUGGUAGCUUGACAUUGGUGACACGUCUAGAGACCUCUCACAUGAAACUGUUUGGAAAGCUUCUUUACAAAUUCUGACAACAUAAAGGCUUGCUCGCUGCUAAUUGUUAUCCUUUUCGAUCGAGUUUGGAUUCACAAAGUCCUUUCUAAUCUUGUUUCGUUGGAUUAUUUCAGGUCUAUAUCUUAGUUCUGUUGAGUGGUCUCACUUCUGUUUCCAUAGGUUGUUUUCUAAGGUGCUUCUAUUUGUUUGAUUUAUGGUGUUUCUCAUCUUUGCUUUGUUUUUGGUUGGGAGACUUCGUUUUUUAGAUAUGACAAACUCGUAAACCUUGUUUUAAUAGUAAUAAAUAAAUUCUGUUUCCUUUAUGAGGAAAAAAGGCAAGAAGCUAUCUACAUUUUUUUUUUUGAAAAGCACCAGAAGCAAGCUACAUUGGUUGAUAUCUUUCCAUUUCUCUUUCUUUUUGUUGUUCAUCCCCUUAUUCUAACUCUAGCCCAUUUGAAUUCACCGUCUCUUACUAAGUUGCUCUAGAUCCAUAUAUAAUAUGUUCAUAUAUGUAAUGUAUGCUACUUUGUUCUCAAUGUACUUUAUUAUUCAUUA